AUUGCAGCCACGAGCAGCAGGGGUGGCAAUGAAGUCCUUAAAGUCAACCCCGCCAUGGCAAGUCAUGGCGGGGUUACUCCUCAAUUUGCUCUAUCUGGACAUGCAAAUUCAAUUGAUCUACUUCAACUCAAUCAAAGGCCUUCAAAAUCGAUAAUUGAGAAAAAAGGUCCAAUGGAAGCCCAAAAUGAUGGAAAAUCUAGUGGCCAAAUCCUUCGCCAUUUCUUUGAUGAUUGGCCUAUACAAGAAGUUGAAGAAAAUGAAAAUGCUACUUCAAUGGCUUCUGCCACCAGUCUCUCCAUUUCGAUGCCCGGAAAUCCCUCGUCUGACAUCUCGUUAAAGCUCUCUACGGGAGAAAGACAUAACUCUGGUACUCGAGUCUAUAACGUUGAACGUUCCAUGUGGGGAACGAACCAAGUGGCAUCGAUGAGUGGACCACUAGCCGAGGCUUUAAGGUCAUCGAUGUCCAACUCAUCGCCAACGAGCGUUUUGUAUCACUUGCCACGUGGCACCACGUCGGAGGCUAGUUAUGUUGGCACUUGAUUAGACAAGUGGCAGCACGUCCAACUCUUUGUUGUGUUACUUUUUCCCAUCUUUUGUAUUGAAAGCAUACUACAAAGGUGCAUUGCAUUAGCUAUGUUUGUAUUAUUUUGGUUUUGCUAAUUUCUUUUUCCAAUGAGAAAAUGACAAGGAUAUCUACACUUUCUU